AUCGCGUCAACGUAGCAGUCUACAGACGUCAAGAUGGUGCUUGAAAGCACUAUGGUGUGUGUGGAUAAUAGUGAAUACAUGCGAAAUGGAGACUUUCUGCCUACCAGGCUGCAGGCUCAGCAGGAUGCAGUCAAUAUUGUUUGUCACUCCAAAACACGCAGCAACCCUGAAAACAACGUGGGCCUCAUCACCAUGGCAAAUAACUGUGAAGUGCUGACCACACUGACCCCAGACACGGGGAGAAUACUGUCCAAGCUGCAUGCUGUGCAGCCUCGUGGAAACAUCAGCUUCUGCACUGGCAUCAGAGUGGCACAUUUGGCAUUGAAACACAGACAGGGCAAAAAUCACAAGAUGCGCAUUAUUGCAUUUGUUGGAAGCCCAGUGGAGGACAAUGAAAAAGAACUGGUCAAAAUGGCAAAGCGCUUGAAGAAAGAAAAAGUCAGCGUGGAUAUCAUUAAUUUUGGAGAGGAGGAGAUGAACACAGAGAAGCUGACUACCUUCAUCAACACACUAAAUGGGAAAGAAGGAGCAGGUUCCCACCUGGUCACAGUACCUCCAGGCCCCAGUCUGGCUGAUGCCCUGCUCUCCUCACCCAUCCUGGCUGGAGAGGGAGGUGCAGUGUUGGGUCUGGGUGCCAGUGACUUUGAGUUUGGAGUGGAUCCCAGUGCCGACCCAGAGCUGGCCUUGGCCCUGCGUGUGUCUAUGGAGGAGCAGAGACAACGCCAGGAGGACGAGACUCGCAGAGCAGCUGUUGCAUCAGCUGCUGAAGUUGGCAUUCCCUCUCCUCCUGCAGAUAAGUCAGAAGAUGCUUUGUUGAAGAUGUCUGUCUCACAUACGGAGUCCACCACACCUGUUUUACCAGACAUCAGCCGCAUGACUGAGGAUGAACAGAUUGCCUAUGCUAUGCACAUGUCCAUGCAGGGACCAGGAGCAGACUUUGGUGCUGAGGACAUGGACACGGGAGCUGACAUAGAUUCCAAUGAGGCAAAGGAUGAAGAGGACUACGAUGUUAUGCAAGAUCCAGAGUUCCUACAAAGUGUUCUUGAAAACCUUCCUGGAGUCGACCCCAACAAUGAGGCCAUUCGUAACGCCAUGGGCUCUCUGGCUUCACAGACUGGCCCCAAACCAGAGACCAAGAAAGACGAAGAGAAAAAGAAAUAAAGAGAAUUUUGAAGAAGAAUAGAGACCUGAGAAUUAACUGCAUUUUGCCAUUCACAGUAUCAUGGUCCUCAAUGCAGGAAAUGUUUUGUUCAUCUUUUGUUUACUAGUAAAACAGCAUCCCUACCCGUUCCCUUGUAUUUCUUAUCCAAACAACGUCAAAGUCGGCUCUGCACACACUGGUGCCUGUAGUAAUGUAUGCAGGUUAUUUACUACUAUGGUUGCUGUGGUAACCUGCAUACAAAUCAGGAUGGUGCCCAUUCAUUUCCCCAUGUGAGACGGGGUGAAAGUGGCUCAUUUAGUGACAUGUCUGUCGCAAUUCUACCACUAUCUCUAUCUCACUAUCACCCCAAACAACAAACAAACUUGGCACAGUGCCAAGUCGGCACUGCACACUAGUGCUUUUAGUAAAUCACCUGUGAAGUUUGAAGCCAGACAAGCAAACCAGUGCACAGUUUAUUAGAUAUAAUAUUUGAUUUAGAGAUGGAGCGACUGAUGUUCCUUGGAUCUAUAGUGAAAUGUAGUUGUGCUAACGUUUUGACGACUUUGGGUGAAAUUUUGCUUUCACUUUUUUGUGUGUCAAACACACGCCUCAAGGCUUUUCUAAUAAAAAAAAAUACUCUGCAACAUGAGCAAAUCACAACUCUAAAUAAAUGUACAGGAUACAAAGAA